AUGUCUGCUCCAGAUAGAAUCAAAUCCCUCGUGCGGGAAGAAGCGAAUCAGGCCAUCAGUAUCUCGAAAGAUGCAGCAAACUCGGGGUCGUAUAUGUUCCCAAUCCAGGGGAUAUACCACUUCCUUCGAUAUCCUUCUCUCCAACGUCCGCUUUGGCGCAAGGUUCUACCGACAAUACUGCUCUCCGUCGUGGUGAUAGUCUCCAUGUUUUUCGUUACAUAUCUUCCACAAGCAGCCAUUCUCACCUUUGUUGAUGGACCUAUCGCGUUUGUUAAUGCCGCUAUGUUGGUUUUGUCAGAAAGUUCGACGUUGAUAUUGCUUAUUAGCAAGCGGUGGUGGCUGGAUGAUGCUACGGUCGAGGUCUUUGAUGCGGUCUUGGUUCAACAAAAUCAAACAGCUUUAGUAUCUGCCGGUCGCGAGAUAAAACCUACAGGAGGUUCUGAUCCACUUAGCAAGCUGGGGAAACGACUCCAGAAGCCCUUUGGAGACGGGUUGGUGAAGAGUUUGAUACGAUACGUUGUCCUACUUCCGUUGAACUUCAUCCCAGUUAUUGGAACUAUAAUUUUCUUCGUCUUGAAUGCUCGCAAUGUUGGGCCGGCUCAUCAUGCUAGAUAUUUUCAACUCAAGGGAUUUUCGAACACGGAAAGGGCGGACUAUAUCAAGAAGAACCAGGGCGGAUACGUUGGAUUUGGUUUGGCUUGCGUGCUUUUGAACUUGGUUCCAAUUGUUAAUAUUGUCUUCGCUUUUACUCAUACUGUGGGUGCGGCGCUUUGGGCUGCCAAGUUAGAGAAGAUCGAGGCAAGCCGUGGGAUGAAAGAAGAAUAG